GUUAGUAGCACCUCUGGCUCUGUGGUCGUCUGGGUGAGUAGCACUGCCACUGAGAGCUUUGAGUCAGUGGCACUCUGAGGGUGUGAGGGGAAGGACGUAUCAGCAGUGUCCAAUAGCCAAGUGCAGCAUCGGAAGAAUGACGCUGUUGUGUGCAGGAGAUAACGGAAACAGCAAGGCCGUCUUGAAGUGUCCUCUAGUCACCGCCAAUGAUUCCGAGUGUCCGCCCGUCAAGGCUAAUUCCUUCACCAAUGACAACAGUCAAGAUGACGGCUGUCAGAAUAGCGAGAGCAGCAAAGACAUACGAAGACUUGCUUCUAGGAGGGCGAACAGUGAGUUGCUAGUGUCACCACGCAUGAAAGAGCUUCUUGAAGGACUUGAAGUGCCUGGCGACUCAGGUAACCUUCCCGAAGAACCGCAGUGGCUGGACCGAAAGUUAUUCAACCGGGGUCGACAGUUCUACCGGCGUUAUCUUUUCUGCAUAUUUUUCUCUGAUUUGUUGGCUCUGCUGAUGAUGUUCAGCAUGAGCCGUAUACUAAAGCCGUUGAUCUACACAGAGCGGUCCGACACCAUUUUGCGUGCUCUACGCCGCUACGUCUCUACCAUCUUACACAUCAUAACUUGGUACUCAGGUGACGUCUGGGACCCAAAUGACCGCGCCCAUAAAGAUAUCAUGACGGUGCGCUCCAUUCACAGCAAUUCCGCUCGCAUUUUUAAUUCUUCUACUCACUAUGAAAAAGUCACAGCUAUUGAUGUUAAAAACAUGGGUCACCACGAGCCCAUGUGCCCCCUCAACCCUACUAUCCGGGAAGACAUAGAGCCUCAGGUAGGGCCUGCCUUGCCUCUUGAAAAUCCUAACAACCCAAUAGUGUACAUCAGUCAGUGGGACAUGCUGCUCACCCAGUACUCAUUCUUGGGCGUAAUGGUAGCACACCCCUCCAAGAUGGGCGCCUGGUGGGCUUCAGAGGAAGACCUAGCAGGACUUAUCCAUUUCUGGAGAGGGAUUGGAUUCCUCUUGGGAAUCGAAGACAAGUACAACUUUUGCAGAGGUACGGUAAAGGAAACUCAGGCGCUGUGCGAUGAAAUAGAGGAACUGAUUAUCAAACCCAGGAUAGCCAAGGCUGAUUGGAAUUACGAGCACAUGUCCUCCUGUCUCAUCGAAGGCAUCAAUCUCAUGGUGCCAGCCGUCUCCUACCCGGCCAUGUUUCGUUUCCUGGCCGACACUCUGAACAUAGCCGUGCCAGCCUUCGUUAAGCGCAUGAGCAUUCUCCACACCUGUCAGUACUGGCUCAUGCGCUUCGUAUUCCACUUCCUGUUCCUUGUACCAGGCAUAGUUAUGCUUUUCAACGGACUACUCAAGCUUGCUCUCAUCAUCGCACAGGGCCAAUACCCGGCACGAUUGUCUAAGACACAGAACACAGUCACUUCCUACACUUAUACCUGAGGAGCUACGAGUGUUGUUAUUCGUUGCUUUGUGUGGCACUAGAGAAACCUGUUUGCUGUGCCACGAAACUGGUGUCGGACCUCAGGUUUUCCCCUGCACGACUGUGGAGAACUCUGUGAGGGGUUGUAUGACAAAAACAGCCCAUUCGGCGGAUAAUGACAUCAUCUGUGGUCGUGUAGAGGCAUUGAACCAAUCGACUCAGUAUAUCAUAUAAUUCUCUAACGUGAAUAUAAAAUAUCCUGACCUCUACGCAUGAUUAUUAUUAUUCUUGCGAAGUGGUACAUCUGCGCAAGAAUGCGAGAAUGACUGGCUACUUAAUUGAUUUUUAAAAAGAAUGCCCAUAGGCUGCGAACUUGAGGAUAUAUAUAAUGAAUAUUAUUUCUCGAAAUGUUAUUAUUUUAUCUACAUUUUGGUUAAUAUUACCACUAAUUUUGAAAUAAUUUGCAAUUAGUUGUUAAGGAGUGGUGGUAGUUUCAUGUAAAAUUAGUCCUGUCUUAUUUUAAAGUAGAAUUUACGAUAUUAGCUUAUAAACUAGCUAGUAUUUUGUCAGAUAAGAAGUUUUUAAUUCAGUGAUGCAAAAGUAAACAAAAAUCUGCAUGAAUCUCGGGAAAUAAAGAUGUUUCGGUUAAAUAAUAUACAUAUGGGGUGGUAGGGGAAGUGGAAUAUUUAAAUGGCUUCAGGAAGAAAUCCAAAUACUCUUCCUUGAAGCCUUUUUAUCCACUUCUCCGAGGCUAUGGGUCCCACUGUAU